AGCACUCACACCACUCAGCAACACACAUCCACAAACACUCAAAACGAACCAUUCCGCCUAUAACAGCUAAUGUGAACAACCUCUCUCUCUCUCUCCUCAUCCCCUCUUCCAUGGCGCCAGCAACAGAACCACACCACCAUAACCAAACCUUCAACAAUCCCAUAACCACCUUCAUACAAUCAACAUCUUCCAACAUCUCCUCUCUCUUUUCCCACAAACCCAAAACAUCGCCUUCCUUACACAUCAUAUCCACAACUCAUGGGUCACCUUCAACAGUCUUUCUCCCACUUCCUUUACCCUUAUCCGAGUCAACUCAGCAUGACUCGUCUCCUUCCCCGAGUCCAACUCUCCGGUCUAGACCGCUCGAACCCGGUUCGAGUUUCCCCUCGAUGGUUCGAAUCGGAGGGUUGAAGUCCGCUGGAAAUGGCGUUGGAAAUGGUAAUGGUGGGCCAGCUUUUGUUGGGCAAGUUUUCAGCAUGUGUGAUCUUACUGGGACUGGUCUUAUGGCUGUUUCUACUCAUUUUGACAUUCCCUUUAUUUCUAAGAGAACACCAGAAUGGAUCAAGAAGCUGUUUUCAUCUGUAAUAAAGAAUGAAUCAGGUCCCAUCUUUCGUUUUUUCAUGGACCUGGGUGAUGCAGUUUCCUACGUUAAAAGGCUGAACAUUCCCAGUGGCGUUGUGGGUGCUUGCCGACUUGAUUUAGCAUAUGAGCAUUUCAAGGAAAAGCCUCAUCUUUUUCAGUUUGUUCCGAAUUCAAAGCAGGUGAAAGCAGCUAGCAAGCUUUUAAAGGGAAACAGAAAAACUGGUGGGGAUAGAUUUGAUGGCGUUCCAGUUUUCUCUGCUCAAAAUUUAGACAUUGCAAUAGCGACUCCUGAAGGAAUUAAGUGGUACACUCCUUAUUUUUUUGAUAAAAACAUUCUGGAUAACAUUCUAGAGGAAUCAGUUGAUCAACAUUUUCAGUCUUUGAUUCAAAGCCGUCAUGUACAACGGCGGCGUGAUGUUACUGAUGAUAACUUUGCAGCAGAAAUGAUCGAAGAGACUAUAGACAGCAUAUGGGAACCUACAGAGGUUCAGGACUUGAUGGAUGAGAUGGGCCAGCCUGGAAUACCUUUAAGUGUCAUAUCAAAGGCUGCAGAAAUGCAGCUUCUAUAUGCUGUUGACAAAACGCUGCUGGGUAAUAGGUGGUUGAGGAAAGCCACUGGGAUUCAGCCAAAAUUUCCAUAUAUGGUUGACUCAUUUGAGAGGAGGAGUUCCAUUUCACGGACAAGAGCUUUCGAGUUAGCUACUUGUUCUGCAAAUUCAGAUAUGGAAAGCCUAAAUGAGCUGUCAGAGCAGUCUGCUUCUGCAAAGCUUGGACCAGAAAAUAAAGAUCAGGAUGCUCUUCUGCAGCAAACAGAUCUGGGUUCUUCGAGGAGAGAUUGGCUAAGAUCACCUUGGUCGAAAUCCCUAUGCGAACCCAAUAAAGAGGCCGAUUCAAGGUUUAUAGAUUCUUCUGGUGGCGAUAUGAAAGAAGAACUUCAAAGUAGUCCACUUCUCCCAAGGAUUACUAUGGUUGGUAUUGCAACAACUGAGCCAGGGCAAAUGAGCAAAUCAAGUGUAAAGAAGACUAUGGAAGAUUUAAGCAAAGAAUUGGAGCAAGAAGGCCAUGGAAAUUCUGCCUCUAAGAACUCACAGAAGUAUUGCAAUGAGGACAGAGAUCCUCUUUUUGUAGCAAAUGUAGGGGAUUAUUAUUCGAACAUGGGAAAGACAAGCUCACCUCGGGGGCUACGAGGUGUGCACAGAUGAAACACUAUAAAGACAGCGUAAUACAUCAUGCAAAUCGGGUUGAUAAAAAUGGACAAGCACCUAAAGGAAUUUCUGUUUGACGGGCCAACAAUUGCUUCAGGGAGUUCCUUUAGUGUUUUGUUUGAUAUUGAAUGAAUAGCUAUCACCAGGAUCUUGGGAUACUAUGGACUGCUGCAGUGCUGCGGGGAUCUAAGCUGAGAAUGAAGGUUUGUUAUACAGGAAGUCUGAAAGCAGUUGUAUAGAAGUUUAGCAAGAUUGAUUAGUUUACCGCCUCCAUUGUAGGAGUUAUUAGAAGAGAGAGAGAGCAAGCUAAGGCGCUGGAUCGUUCACGUCAAGAAAACAGAACAAGAGAGGUGCUGGGUCAUUGUAAUAUCUCUUAUAGGAGACUUUACUGUUGUACAAGGAAGUUUAGGAUGUAGUGCUUUAUUGUAUGAAAAGGUGAUCAGCAACAAGUUCUUGGCC